AUGAACUACGUCGAAUACGGUGUAAGCCGCCUCUUUGCGAACGCCAGAGGGCGUGAUGCAAAGCUAUUCACCAAGACUGCAGCCUUCUCAGCACUUCCAGAGCCCACCAUCGCCCUCGAGAGUCCUGAGGCUGGUCCGUCCGGAUCGCGAUUGCACUCGGACCUGUCGGCUGAAGGCGCCGGGCGUUUCCCGACCCUCACAUGGUCUGCUGCAUCGCCUGAAAUCAAGCAGUGGCUUCUUGUCAGUGAAGAUCCAGACGCCCCGUUGCCCAGCCCGAUCAUUCAUGGCAUUUAUUAUGGUAUUCCUGCAACUGCAACGGGCGUGGCUGCUGCGGACUUCGAGGCCGCCGAGGGACAGAACGUGCUUAAGGGCGGGUUUCAGUACGGCAAGAAUCGCAGGGGGAAUAUUUAUAUCCCACCCCGACCGCUACUGGGCCAUGGUCCCCAUCGGUACUUCUUUACCAUCAUCGGACUGAAUCAGCCCAUCGAUACGGCCCAUUUGAGUCCAUUGCCGACGGCGCAGGAGAUGGCAACCGAGAUCGAGGGCAAAGUUGUCGGGUGGGGUCAAUGGGUGGGAGAGUACGAGCGCAAGUGGGUGUAA